UCAUCAGUUGCAUAAUAUUGUUAAUUUGGAUUAUGCAACAGUUGAUGAACAGUCGGUGAACUAUUUAUUGUGAAAAACGUGCGAUUUUUUGUAUGCAGUAGAUUCGGGCUAGCAUAUCACUCUAAAAAUGAUGAAGCGCUUCACUUGUCUUCUGCUGGCCGGUAUUCUUAUACAGUGCAUAACCGUUACGGUUGCAUCACCUUUGGAUAAAACCAAAUUAUCCAGCGCAAACGAUGUGGAAUCGAAUCAACGAACAAAACGAGAACCUGACGUGGCGUUAGUUCUGUCAAUCAUCGAUAAAAAAUCGAGGAAAAUUAAAAAAAUCGAAAUUGGCGUGGACGACGAUGGGUUCGAUAUCAACGAUCGACGUCCGACAAUCACAUCGGACGAGGGUAAACGUCUCAUAACCAAAUUGUUACAGGACGGCGGUGUUCAAAUCAAAUCCAAUGUGGCGGAAAAGGAUGCGAAGAGUGGAAAGUGGGAGGAAUUGUUUGAAACGCUUCAAGAUGCUAACGAAUCCGAACGUUCGCAUACGCAAAAGAUUACGAAAGGCCACAGUUCCGAUGACGAUAAAUUGGACAAGAUAUUGCAAUUUUUAGCAAAAUUGAAUGAAAAAAAUGGCGGCUCUCAGUCAACCGAAAACUGUGAAAAUUCUGACUGUGAAAAUGACAAUGACGUGAAGCGAAAGCCGAAACCAGAGCACAUUAGUGGUAGAAACGAUGAUACCCAAGAAUCUAAGCGUAGACCGAAGCCGCCUCAUGUCGAUGCCGGAAGCUCUGAAGACUGCGACGAUUGUGACGAAAAUAACAACGACGUAAAGCGCAGACCGAAACCAGUCCACAUUGAUGACAAAUACGGAGAGCCUGAGGAUACCCAAGGAUCUGUCAAACGAAAGCCAAAGCCAUCUCACAGUGAUGAAAGUCCCGAAGACUGCGAAGAUUGCGACGAAAACAAGAACGACGUAAAGCGAAGACCAAAACCAUUGCACAUUGAUGACGUAGAUGAAGAUAGUGACGAAGAACUUCAGGAACCAGACAGCCGAGCUCAUCGACGCCCGAAACCACAACAUAACCGCUACAAAGAUAAGGAUACCCAAGGAUCUGUCAAACGAAGACCGAAGCCAUCUCACAUUGAUGAAAGUCCCGAAGACUGUGAAGAUUGUGACGAAAACAAGAACGACGUAAAGCGUAGACCGAAACCAGCACACAUUGAAGACAGAGAUGAAGAUAGUGACGAAGAACUUGAGGAACCAGACAACCGAGCUCAUCGACGCCCGAAACCACAACAUAACAGCUACAAAGAUAAGGAUACUCAAGGAUCUGCUGAAGAUCCUGAGGAUACCCAAGGAUCUGUUAAACGAAGACCAAAGCCGUCUCGCAGUGAUGAAGGUCCCGAAGACUGUGAAGAUUGUGAUGAAAAUAGCAAUGAUGUGAAGCGUAAACCGAAACCAGUGCACGUUGAUGACGGAGAUGAAACUAGUGACGAGGAACUUGAAAAACCGGACAACCGAGCUCACCGACGCCCGAAACCACAACAUAACCACAGAGAUAAGGAUACUCAAGGAUCCGUUAAACGAAAACCGAAGCCGUCUCACAUUGACGUUGAAAGCCCAGAAGACUGCGAAGAUUGUGAAGAAAAUAACAAUGACGUAAAGCGAAGACCGAAGCCAGUGCAUAUUGAUGAAAAAUACGAAGAGCCUGACGAUACCCAAGAAUCUGUCAAACGAAGACCAAAGCCGUCUCAUAUUGACGUUGAGAGUACAGAAGACUGUGAAGAUUGCGACGAAACUAACAAUGACGUAAAGCGAAGACCGAAACCAUUACACAUUGAUGACGGAGAUGAAACUAGUGACGAGGAACUUGAGGAACCAGACAACCGAGCUCAUCGACGCCCGAAACCACAACAUAACCGCUACAAAGAUAAGGAUACUCAAGGAUCCGUCAAACGGAAACCAAAGCCGUCUCACAUUGACGUUGAAAGCCCAGAAGACUGCGAAGACUGCGAAGAAAAUAACAACGACGUAAAGCGCAGACCAAAACCAGUGCACAUUGAUGACAAAACCGAAGAGCCUGAGGAUACCCAAGGAUCUGUCAAACGAAGACCAAAGCCGUCUCACAUUGAAUCGAAGAGCUCUGAAGAAUGCGAGGAUUGUGAUGGAAAUGGAAACGAUGUAAAACGGCAACAAAAACCAAAACACAUCUACGACAAAGAAUCUGAUAAUGAAGAUGAAGAGAACCAGUCAUGUCCUGAUGAUUUAGACGAAGAACAGCUACUUCAAGGUAUCGCAUUCGUACAAAGUCAAUUGAAACGUUUCCUGGGCAUCGAGUGUACAUGCAAUCCAACAGAGAACACUGUCUUGAAAGAAGAUUGUCCAAUACAUAAAACAUCAUCUGCGCGCCGCAGAAGGGAACACCAAGAUGAAAGUGUACUAAGUGGUCGAUCGUCAGCAGAAAGCCGGGGGAAAAUCUCCAAAAGCAAAAAAUUUACGAAAAAAGCUUCUGUAAAAGAUGUAAAGAAGGGAAACAGUGGACCGAAGAAGAUCACAAACAAGCCCGAUUUGACGACUGCCAAUAGCAUUGCAAAGCAAAGAGUUAUUGCAACGGCGAAACAUUUGCCAAGAGUCACAGCUGACGACAUCAUCAAUUUAUUGAAAGAGCUUGGAUUAUCAGCGGACAAGGUAACAAAAUCUGAAAUUACUCCUACAAACAGCCGCUCUCCAUCGAAAAAGCAUGACACAGCCAAUGACGAUCUGCAGUUCUUUCGUAACGAGUCCAGUGUACAUAGAUCCUCGGCCAACGGCGAAUCGUCAUCUAAGAAAAAUCGACGAAAAUUACGAAAUCGGAGAAAAGGAAGAAAAGCUUCCUCAUCAAGAGACGUCUCGGCAACUUCAAUCAAACGAAAGCAAAGAGGUAUCGAAAGUGACGAAAUUGCAGCCAAACAAGACGAAACCUCGCCUCUACAUAAUUACAAAGCCGAAGGUUAUACAGAAGAAAUCUUACUAUCUCGUCCUGUAGAAUCCGCUGCUGAAGACAGCGUCGACCCGGACAUUGAAAUUCUGAAAAGUAUAUUCGCUAAGUAUAAGGAACAUGCUGCGGCUGUCAAACAGAACGAUAAUGUAAUGGUCGAAACCAGUGACGAAUCGCCAAGUACUUCAACCGAUCAAGACAGUCGGGUCGAGGGAACAGAACCUGGCAUUACCGAAUCGGUGGAAAAUAUUCUAAAAGAAGUUUCAGAAGAAGGUAACGGCUGGACAGACGAUUCCGAUUCGUCAAAAGAGUAUGUGAUAGCACAGGUGUCGGAUAGUAAUUACCGAGAUUUGUACAAGAAAUUUGCAAGUUUGUUUGGUGACACCGCAACCGUGGACAGUGACAGUUCGACAACUAUCGACGGUGAUAAGUAGGAAAGAAUGAACGGGGCUCUUUAUUUUGUAAG